GAUUUAUUAUAUUAUUUAUUAUUUAUUUGUGAUUUAUUGUAAGGAUUUUCGUUGAAAAAAAAAAGGAUUUUAUGUGGGGAAACUUUUAGGCGGCGGACUGUGUUCACGUCUAAGUGGUCCGACUCGCUCGCUGUGUUUCAUUGGUUUAUUGAAAGAGCGGGCUUUUUAACUAGUUAAAGUUAAAUUAACAUGCUAAUAUCAGCAUCUUACAAAAAGGUAUGUGCUAUUUCUUUCCGCCUCAGAACGACGGUUGCUGUUAGUGGUUUAUUGUGAAGAUUUAACGCUUUAAAAAAAAGCGAGGGAACAUUACACAGCGGUACACUGUGUUCACGUCUAAGUGGUCCGACUCACUCACUGUGGUUCAUUGGUGUAUUUAAAAGAGCGGGCUUUUUAAAACUAGUUAAAGUUAAAUCAACAUCCUAAUGUGAGUAUCUUACAAAAAAAAGUAUGUGCCAUUUCUUCGCCUCAGAACGUGAAUUGAACGAGUUAAUUGUGAGGAUUUAACGAUGAAAAAACGGGGGAACAUUUACAGAGGUGCACUGUGCUCACUGCUAAGAGGUCCGACUAACUCGGUGUCCUUUCAGUGGUUGUUUGGAACUUCUGAAUGUAAGUAUUUUUCAUCAUAAACGUUAUUCUUAUCAAUAAAAGUUAACUUUUUUAUUUGCUUUUGAAAGAAUACAAGUAAUGUAAGGUGUCAAUACUGACAUGGUUUCUUCUAAGGCCUAUGAAGCAAAUAUUUCUCUUUUUUUGUUAGCCAUUUUAACGAAGCCAAACGUUAAAAAUGUGGGAUUAUUUGAUUAUUUUAAUGGUUUACUUGGUACUUUUUGGUUUUAAUGAUUUAACUUUUUUAUAAAUGUUAUUCUUAUCGAAAAGAUUUAACUUUUGUAUUUACUUAUGGAAGAAUACAAGCAAUGUAAUGUGUCGAUACUGACAUGGUUUCUUCUAAGGCCUAUGAAGCAAAUGUUUCUUUUUUUUGUUAUCCAUUUUAACGAAGCCAAACGUUAAAAAUGUGGCAUUAUUUGUUUCUUUUAAUGGUUUAGUUAGCACUUUUUUUGUUUUAAUGAUUCAGUUUUAACACAGGAGCUGGUUUUUCCAUCCCCUCAAGUCUCAUCCAAUUGGGGAAAUCAAAUGGUUCAAAUUCCCAUUGUUUGCAUUCCAAAACUCAAACAUUUGACCUCAGGUUCCUGGUCCUGGUCUUUGAGUAAACAUGGACUAUUAUAUAUCAGCAAAAGUAAACAGGAAGAACCUGAGCAGCAACUUUACCUAACCCCCGCUACGCCUGAAUACUCCGAGUUCAAACCGGUUUCAAAAUCUAAUCUGGACUCACUUCUGGAGGGAAUAGAAGAGCGGCGCGAUGACCAGCAGCACCAGCAGCAGGACCACGGCGCUAACCAGCCCCGAAACUUGUGUCUGGCAACCCGUCGACUCCUUGACCAGCGUUUUGGUGAGAGCGGCGCUGGUGGUGAAGCAGCGGAAGAACGACGGGCGAUGGAGAAGGCGUCAACAGCCACGUUGGGGAUGAGGGACCAUGACGGGAGCUGCGGCGGGAGGAAGCCCGUGGGGAUGUCCCCGGCUACGUCGGAACCGUAGUCGGUGUUGAAGCGGCCGAAAUGAGAAGCCAGCGUUGCGAUGAUGACAACAAAGAGCUCAAAGGGGAUUGGAGCCUGGGAAGCACAAAAGAAACAGGAAGUUGAAAUUGUUACGGUUUGUGUGUAGGUAAGCUACUUCCUGAUUGGUGUUACCAAUGGAUGGACCGUACCAUCAUUCAUACCAAAUGAUGAAAAAUGACCACAACUGCCAAAAUAUACUGUGGAGCAGCAGUUUUUCCCAGAUCCAAACAUUCCAGGUCUUUCUUCUGGACUCGGGUUUUACCUUCAACUUGGCCUUGAAGCGGUUGUUGAGCUCCUUGGUGGGCACCAGCACAAGCAGACACACCAGGCUGGUCAGCAGGUCGCACACGUUGGUUUGGCCCAGGUUGGAGAGCACACCGAACCAGGUCUUGAACAGCGUGAACCAGCCCUGCGGCCUGCGGAUCUUCAAGCCCAGGAGGUACUUGACCUGGGAGGUGAGGAUGGUCAGGGAGGCUCCGGUGGCGAAGCCGCUCAGGAGGGAGUCUGAGAGGUAGACUGAUACGAAGCCAACCUGGAAAACGCCCAUCAGCACCUAAGAGAGAGAGGACGAGGUAAACAGGAAGUGACGGUUGACAGACUCGGAACGCGGAGAAGCUCUCCUACCUGAUAGACACCGGCGGUGAACGUGACCGUCGCCCCCACUGCGAUUGCGUAGCAGCUCUUAUCACACCCCGCCACCGUGCUGUCGUUCCCGUGGGCUUCCAGGAGGGCGGCGCUGUUGUUACUCCCCAUCCCCUCGCCGAGGUACCCCGCCACUGCCAACUCCCUGUCCACCACCUGACCCACAAGCAGGCAAAGCACCCCGAAAAUGCCCACAGAGAUAUGCCUGGAGGUUCCUAACAGCGUGUAGAUGAUUGAGGAGAAGAAGGACGUGUAGAGUCCGUAGAUGGGGUCCUGGCCAGCCAAUAGGGAGUAAGCGAUGGACUGGGGGACCAAUAAGAUUCCCACAAUGAGUCCGGACAUGAUGUCGCCAAGGAUCCAGUCUCUCAGCCGGUACCGUGGCAGCCAUUUUAAAACAGGAACAAAGCUCAGGAUCUUGGCCUUGACCUUCUGCGGAGAGCAAGAGCAGUGCUUCUUCAGCCGCCGCGACACCGCGGUACAACAGCUUUGAGGCGCUCCUUUCUCCACUUUUUCCAGCGCGAGCGGCCGGUACUGCUCGCACUGGGCGUCGCUCUCGGGCGCUGUGGUGCAGCGGACAUCUCCAUGAGGCAUCAUCCAGCUCGUCUCUGCGGACCACAAAAGCGACACUUUGCGGAGGACAGAGGGAUUACACACGUAGCCGGAGACAGUACUGCAACUUCAUCAGCCAUGGUGGACGCAGCCGCAGCCGAGCAGUUCCUGGACGCCAACCCGCAGUUCGCCAAGCACUACUAUGACGUCAACUUCAGGCCCAAGGUGGUCUCGGACCUGCUGGACAACAACCGCAGGACGGCGGUGGACGUCAGCAAGUACCACGAGCUGAGCAUGGUGGAGGAGAGCGAGGUGCUCUUCGACCUGGUGCGGGACAUCCAGGACAACCUGCAGAUGGAGAAGUCCGUCUUCAACCUGAUGAGGCACCUCAGCUUCAUGAUGAGGGCCGACCGCAUGAGCCUCUUCAUGUACCGCCAGAGGAACGGCGUGGCCGAGCUGGCCACCAGGUUGUUUAACGUGCAUAAAGAUUCUGUCUUCGACGACUGCUUGGUGCAGCCUGACAGCGAAAUCGUCUACCCGCUGGAUUUGGGCAUCGUGGGUCACGUGGCCUCCACCAAGAAGAUGGUCAACGUGCCAGAUGUGUCCCAGAGUCCUCAGUUCAGCAAGUUUGUGGAUGAGCUGACCGAGUACACCACCAAGAACGUGCUGGCCGUGCCCAUCAUGAACGGUAAAGACAUGGUGGCAGUCAUGAUGGCCGUCAACAAGAUGGACGGUCCGCACUUCACCACCAAGGACGAAGAGACUUUGAACAAGUACCUGAACUUUGCCAACCUGGUCCUGAGAGUUUUCCACCUAAGCUACCUGCACAACUGUGAGACCAGGAGGGGGCAGGUGCUGCUGUGGUCGGCCAGCAAGGUGUUCGAGGAGCUGACGGACAUCGAGAGGCAGUUCCACAAGGCCUUGUACACCGUGAGAGCCUUCCUCAACUGUGACCGCUACUCCGUGGGCCUGCUGGACAUGACCAAAACAAAGGAGUUCUUUGACCUAUGGCCCGUCUUGAUGGGGGAAGUUCCUCCCUACGAUGGACCCAAAACCCCGGAUGGCAGGGAAAUUGUCUUCUAUAAAAUAAUUGACUACAUUCUCCAUGGCAAAGAGGACAUCAAAGUCAUACCGAAUCCCCCAGCAGAUCACUGGGCUCUGGUCAGCGGCUUGCCAACAUACGUAGCAGAAAACGGACUGAUUUGCAACAUAAUGAACGCCGCCGAGGAUGAAUUUUUCGACUUUCAGAAAGAACCUCUGGAUGACUCCGGCUGGACAGUGCGGAACGUUCUGUCCAUGCCCAUCGUCAACAAGAAAGAGGAGAUUGUGGGCGUGGCCACGUUCUACAACAGGAAAGACGGGAAACCUUUUGAUGAAAUGGAUGAAACACUGAUGGAGUCCCUGACUCAGUUCCUGGGCUGGUCGGUGCUGAACACGGACACCUACGACAAGAUGAACAAGCUGGAGAACAGGAAGGACAUCUUCCAGGACAUGGUGCUCUACCACGUCAAGUGUCGUAAGGAUGAAAUCCAGCACGUCCUGAACACACGCGAGAGAUGGGGCAAGGAACCGGAUGAGUGUGAAGAAGAGGAACUGGAGGAGAUCCUCUCGGAAGUUCUUCCCAAGACCAAGAAAGCGGAGAUCCUGGAGUUUCACUUCUGCGACUUUGAGCACAGCGAGUUGGACCUGGUCAAGUGUGGCAUCAAGAUGUACUACGAACUCAAAGUGGUGGACAAGUUUCACAUCCCCAGAGAGGUCCUGGUGAGGUUCAUGUACUCGCUCAGUAAAGGCUACAGGAAGAUCACCUACCAUAACUGGAGACAUGGCUUCAACGUUGGACAGACGAUGUUUACUCUGCUCAUGACAGGUGACCUCAAGCGUUACUACACGGACCUGGAGUGCAUGGCCAUGGUCACCGCCGGCUUCUGCCACGACAUCGACCACCGAGGCACCAACAACCUCUACCAGAUGAAGUCUGGAAAUCCUCUGGCAAAACUUCACGGCUCAUCCAUCUUGGAAAGGCACCAUCUUGAAUUUGGCAAGACGCUGCUGAGAGACGAGUCAUUGAACAUCUACCAGAAUCUGAACCGCCGCCAGCACGAUAUCGUCAUCCACCUCAUGGACAUCGCCAUCAUCGCCACGGACCUGGCGCUCUACUUCAAAAAGAGGACCAUGUUCCAGAAGAUCGUGGACCAGUCCAAGACCUACGAGAGCUGGAACGACUGGACCAAGUACAUGAUGCUGGAAACCACGCGCAAGGAGAUUGUCAUGGCGAUGAUGAUGACGGCCUGCGACCUGUCGGCCAUCGCCAAGCCUUGGGAGAUCCAGAGCAAGGUGGCGCUGUCUGUCGCUGCCGAGUUUUGGGAGCAAGGAGACCUGGAGAGGACCGUCCUGGAACAACAACCCAUUCCAAUGAUGGACAGAAACAAAGCGGAAGAGCUUCCAAAGCUCCAGUGUGGCUUCAUCGACUUUGUCUGUUCGUUCGUUUACAAGGAGUUCAGCCGUUUCCACACGGAGAUCACGCCCAUGCUGGACCGCCUGUUGAACAACAGGAAGGAGUGGAACGCUCUGAAGGAGGAGCACGAGGCCAAGAUGGCCGCCAUCACGGCGGCCAAGGAAGAGGUGGCGGGGAAAGCCGCUGCUGCCAAACAAGCGAGUGCGGCCCAGUCAAAGACGUGUACUCUCAGCUAGCGUGGUGACAUCUACUGUACCAUAAAUAUUAGUCUGACUGUAGCUUCACUGCACAUACGUAAAGAUACCAUAACUAUUGUAGAUACUAUAGACUAUUACACUCACUGUAUCAAUCAUACAGCUUUCAUGUAUUCAAUGAUUAGA